AUAUAAGGUGUCAGAGAAAGAAGAGAAAACAAGAAGAUUGAAAAUGCAAGCAGCGAAGAAAGCCGUGGAGAGCGUGAAGGAAACCGCAGCAAACAUUGGUGCUUCUGCCAAGUCUGGUUUGGAGAAGACCAAAGCCACUCUUCAGGAGAAGAGUGAGAAGAUAAGUGCACACGAUGAAAGGGAGAAGGAAAUGGCCACUAAGAAGAAACAAGAGAAGAUAAACCAGGCCGAGACGGAGAAGUGCCAGGCGCGUCAGCACAACGCUGCCGCCAAGCAGUCUGCCAUCGCUGGACAGGCCGACGGGCCUCAGACAGAAACAACCGAGCCCAGUUCUGGGCCUGACGACGCUACAUACACUGGGCCAGGGUCUGAGACUUCGGCCUUCACCACAACUGGGCCCGGGCCCGAUGCCAUACCCCCCAGUACCGGGUCUGAGCUUGGACUUGGGGCUGAGUCUGCCAUGUACCCCACCAGUGAAUUUGGACAAAUGGGAUCUAACCAAGCGACAGGAAUGCCUGGGCCUGAUAAUAGGUAUGUUCUUGAUCAUGGGCCUGAGGCUGGGCAUGGGUCACUUCCAUCGAUGGACAGUAACACUGUCAUGGAUACAACGACCCAAACAAGCAUUGGGGGAGGAAGUGCUCCUACUAGUGGGCCUACUUUCAGUUGAAUAACAAUGAUUCGUGAAGUUUGAAUGUAGAUUUGUUUGUAGGUAGUUAAGGUGAUGUUAUUACAUUAUGUAGCUUUGAUGUCGUAGGUGCUGUAUUAUUUUACUAAUCUUACGUUGUAUACUUGUGUGUGUGUUUCGUAAUUCACAACCAUUUUGGUUUGGUUAUGGGACCAGUGUUGUUCGUGGAACAUUUGGUUCCUCUAAGUUGCCUUAUCUGUUUGUUUCAAUAAAUAAAAGUGUAGUCUCAAGGAA